GUCUAUGUUCCGUUGCCUGACGCCAAGCAACGCCUCAAUAUCCUAAAUGUGCAUUUGCGCCAAGAGGUUCUGGACAGUUCAGUAACGCCGGCUGCCCUGAAAAAGUUCGCAGAGCGUGCCGAGGGUCUUUCAGGCAGCGACCUCUUCGAGAUUUGUCGGGAAGCUGCCCUCUGCAGUCUCCGUUCUUGGCUCUCCGCCUCCUAUCGUAACGAGAACGCUAACGGGUAA